AAACAGAAGGUGCAUAAUUCCAGCACCUUCCAUUCACCUUUCGAGACGCUUCGUAGCGAUGUCGUGCGCCGCUGUUCACGGCUUCGAAGCGCCCAGUGGCGAGCGCGACCUUACGGCUUCCUCUAGUGGGGCCAACUGCAGGGAUCCGCCCGAGGAGGAGGAAGACCGAUUGUCCACUGCGGCCCCUUCCAUUUGCGAGGAGGCCACCACCAGGUGGGCAGACACUUUGGACGGCCACAAGCGUUGGGCGGACCUCCUGGACUCGGACGACGAGGACCUCAAAUGUGUCCCGGCCGUCCAGAGCAAGACCAAAAAACGCUGGGCCGACUUGGCAGAUGAGUUGGAAGAAGGGACAGACACAACUCAGAGCCCGGAGGAUUUGGACACGAAGACAGGAGAUGUCACUUCCCCAAGCUGCCAUGAGGAGUCUCCAAGUUGGAAGGUCAAGGGCUCCCGCGACCGCUGGCCGCGGGAUUCACGGGCCUCCGGAUCCACGUCGUGGUCGGCGUCGUGGACGUCAUCGUGGACGUCGCCGUGGUCGGCGUCGUCCUCCAGUCAUGCACCAGGCGGCUGGGGGAACCAGAUGCAAUGGCGACCACGCCACGGCCACGAGCACGAGGCAAAAACUUCGUACAACGAGGGACACCGAUCCAACUGGGGAGACUCUUGGGGUGGCUGGUAUGAGCGACCCAAGGGAAAGGGCAAAGGCAAGAGUAAAGCCAAAGGCGAGGGCAAAAGCGUAGGCGUGGCGUCGAAAUGCCAGUGCCAGUUCAUCAUUGGUAUUGAGGAAGAAAACAAGUUCCGUGUGUGUCGACGGCUGUUAGGACCUCAAGGUCAGCACAUGAAGGAAAUUGCUCAAGGGACCGGCGCCAAGCUCCGCUUGCGUGGGCGUGGCUCAAAGUUCCUGGAGGGUCCAGAGCAACAGGAAUCCUCCGAUCCCCUGAUGCUAUGUGUCUCGGCGCCCGACCCCGCGUCCUACGAAAAGACUAAGCGCCACAUUUCUUCCUUGUUGGAGGACAUCUAUGCACAGUACCGUGACUUCCAGCAAACUGAAGGCGGGGAAGGAUGUAAAGCCACGACCCCGCGCUUGAACUUGCACGAGGGCCCCCGACCCGGAAGUUUCUGAAUGCGCCUGGCAGUCCCCGAGUGUAACUCGCACAACUCCCAAAGUCCGCUUCCGGAACGGAGGCAACUGAUCGAGUAAAG